GGAGGAGCCGCCGAGGAGACCCUGGGCGAGCAGCGGCGAGCCAGAGGAGGCGGUGGUAGCGCGGGCUCGGGCUUUCCUCGAUCGCGGGGAUCUCGAGGGGCGAAGGGAUCGCCAGGGAGGGGGACCGGAGAGCCGCGCCCGCCGCGCGGCGCGCCCCUUCCCGCCCCCUGCACCAUGAGCUGGGGCACCGAGCUCUGGGAUCAAUUCGACAACUUAGAAAAACACACACAGUGGGGAAUUGAUAUUCUUGAGAAAUACAUCAAAUUUGUAAAGGAAAGGACAGAGAUUGAACUCAGCUAUGCAAAGCAACUCAGGAAUCUUUCCAAGAAAUACCAACCUAAAAAGAACUCGAGGGAGGAAGAAGAAUACAGGUACACGGCCUGUAAAGCCUUCCUCUCCACCCUGAACGAGACGAAUGAUUAUGCCGGGCAGCACGAGGUUGUCUCGGAGAACAUGACCUCGCAGAUCACCAUGGGCUUGGCGCGCUACGUCCAGGAACUGAAGCAGGAAAGGAAAUCGCACUUUCACGAUGGACGGAAGGCCCAGCAGCACAUAGAGACUUGCUGGAAGCAACUUGAAUCAAGCAAGCGGCGAUUUGAGCGAGAUUGCAAAGAGGCCGACCGGGCGCAGCAGUACUUUGAGAAAAUGGACGCUGACAUCAACGUUACCAAAGCAGAUGUUGAAAAGGCACGACAACAAGCUCAACUACGUCACCAAAUGGCAGAGGAGAGCAAAGCAGAUUACUCAUCGAUUCUCCAGAAAUUCAACCACGAGCAGCGCGAGUAUUACUACACUCACAUUCCCACCAUAUUUCAGAAAAUACAAGAGAUGGAGGAGAGGAGGAUAGUGAGGCUCGGAGAGUCGAUGAAGACCUACGCGGAGGUCGACCGGCAGGUGAUUCCGAUCAUCGGCAAGUGCUUGGAUGGCAUAGUAAAGGCAGCCGAGUCCAUUGACCAGAAGAAUGACUCACAGCUCGUCAUAGAAGCUUAUAAGUCGGGGUUUGAGCCUCCUGGAGAUAUCGAAUUUGAGGACUACACUCAGCCGAUGAAGCGCACCGUGUCAGAAAACAGCCUUUCGAAUUCCAGAGGAGAAGGCAAAGCUGAGCCCAAAUUUGGUGGCAAAUCCAAAGGAAAGUUAUGGCCGUUCAUCAAGAAAAACAAGCUUAUGUCCCUUUUAACAUCCCCCCAUCAGCCUCCCCCUCCUCCCCCUGCCUCUGCCUCACCCUCUGCUGUUCCCAACGGCCCCCAGUCUCCCAAGCAGCAAAAGGAACCCCUCUCCCAUCGCUUCAACGAGUUCAUGACCUCCAAACCCAAAAUCCACUGCUUCAGGAGCCUAAAGCGAGGGCUUUCUCUCAAGCUGGGCGCAACGCCAGAGGACUUCAGCAACCUCCCACCCGAGCAGAGAAGGAAAAAGCUCCAACAGAAAGUCGAUGAAUUAAAUAAAGACAUUCAGAAGGAGGUGGAUCAAAGAGAUGCUAUCACGAAAAUGAAAGACGUUUACCUAAAGAACCCGCAGAUGGGAGACCCAGCCAGUCUGGACCACAAAUUAACAGAAGUCAGCCAAAAUAUAGAAAAGCUGCGACUAGAGGCCCAGAAAUUUGAGGCCUGGCUGGCAGAGGUGGAAGGCAGGCUCCCGGCUCGCGGCGAGCAGGCCCGCAGACAGAGUGGACUGUACGACGUCCAGACCACCCCGACCGUCAACAACUGCGCCCAGGCCCGGGAGAGCAGCCCGGAUGGCAGUUACACGGAGGAGCAGAGUCAGGAGAGCGAGGUGAAGGUGCUGGCCGUGGACUUCGACGACGAGUUCGACGACGAGGAGCCGCUGCCGGCCAUCGGGACGUGUAAAGCCCUCUACACAUUCGACGGUCAGAAUGAAGGAACCAUUUCAGUCGUGGAAGGAGAAACGCUGUACGUCAUUGAGGAAGACAAAGGGGACGGGUGGACCCGCAUCCGGAGAAAUGAAGACGAAGAGGGCUAUGUUCCCACCUCGUACGUCGAAGUCUAUUUGGACAAAAAUGCCAAAGGUGCUAAGACUUAUAUUUAAUACAACUUAAAAAAAAAAAAACUUUUUAAAAGCAGUUGGAGUUGUUUCUCCCCACAACUGUGACGGGUGCAGGCCGUUCUUCGACAGACUGGACGGCGGGCGCCGGUAACGGCUUUCCUGGCGUGGACGUUCGGGGUCCCCCACUGAACGGCCUGGCCUGGUUUUGGCUAUUACCAAGUUUCACUUGCUGAUGACAUUUUAUGUGGAAAGCGGCCAAUGCCAAUUUACAACUGUGUCGUUUGAAAUCUGAUAGACGCUCCCCCUCUGGCAGUAUCCGUAGGUACCAACAGAGCGGCCUUCUAGCUUCUGAUCCAUGUUUCCGAUUUUCAAAGUCCACACACAUCCCAGGGGUGCAGAAGACUUCCUUUCUCUCAUUUAUAUCUAGUAUCUGCCACAAACUGAGCGACCUUAGGAGGUUACAGUCUGUAGCGUAGCUCAUUGAAUGAACGACGCUGGCUGGUUGAGUUUUACAGGCGCUCACUUCGGAGGAGGUCCUAAAUAGAAGCUCCCCCUUCUUGAGUAAGGAAGCGAAUAAGAUUCUUUUAUUGGUACCAAAAAUGUGUAUUUUUACUUAAACCGGGGUAAGGUCAUUGUUAGAGCAUAUCAAUCCUGUUAUGUCUAAUUGAUCCCAAACCACCAGUUGAAAUCCAAGGGGGUGUGGUUGGUCACCCAGUCGGUUUUUCCACGGGACUAGCGGUCUCCCCGCCGGCAGCUGACAGGUGACCCCAAGUGCCAUGCUGUUUGGACGUGAUCCAUGAGAACGGCCCACGCCUGCCCGGCCGGAGGUUCUGGGGCAAGAGGAGCUGUAUUCAGCUGACCCUCCCGGUGGGGCCGUGAGGACAACAGGCAGCACCUGCGUCCACACACAGACGCGGCCCUAGCCCAUCGCUUUGUGAAGCGGGGAUUUAAAAAAUCAUUGCUUCUUUAAGCCUCAAAGUGUGAAUUGACUGCAAAAAUCAUUUUAGAAUUGCUAGCUGGUUUCAUAGGAUUAACUAUAGCCAGAGUGAAAUAGAAUGUGUCACCGUCUUUAAAGGAAACUGGGUUACAUGGGGAUUUGCAUUUUGGAGUUGGCAGGACAGGUAGUGAAAUUAUCACCUGCGCAGAUGGGUACCAAGCCCAGUCCUGGGAACCUGCCCUGAGAUCACACAGAUCAGCCGUAAACAGGUCAGGGUAAAGGCGUUGGGUGGCCAUUCACUUUUUAUUUGGCUUUGAAAGUCACUCAUGUCCCUCCCACACUGACAUGGGACAUGAGCUUCUCACCUCGGCACUGUGGCCCCUUUUAUACGCUCAAGUCACUAUGCAGCUGGUUUUUAAGGCGACAGCAGCACCUCUGGGGACCAGGACCUGGCGGGAGGCAUGAGCACUUGUUGACGAUUGCCGCAGAAGGUUCGCCCCUGUUUCCCACAAGGGCCACCCGGAAGGAAGCUGGGAAGCUGUAGCGACGGACAGCCGGACACAGAAUAAUCCCACAUCUCAGGAGCUCGCAGAGAGCGAGCGGAGAGGCCCGGGCGCCCUCCCCCGGCUUUCCCCGUGGUCACGGCUGGCCCCGCUGGGCGCGGAGUCAAAAGCAGGAAACCGGUCAGUCGGCCCAAUUUUUUAAGUAGAAUUUUUAAAAUUUGUAGUUCGAAUUUCUUCAGGAUUACUAUACUUUUGCUAACAAAACAUCAGUAAAGCCACCCAGCCAGAGCCUAGACCCCUCUUUUUCAAGAAGGGAGGUCAGAAAACCAGCGGACCGCGCACCCCAGGGGCGUGGCUUAAUGAGCUGCAGGGGCUCAGCCUGGGGCCUGGCACCCGCCAUGCUAAGACCUAACCUUUCUUGCCGGGGCUGAGCUCGUUUCCAGACCACGAGCUCCUGGAGGAAGCGAACUAAACACGACAAAGCCUCCCGCGGGCAGGCCCACAUCAGCCUUCUGAAGCACGCCUCGGAAAGCGUGGCGUCCAGGAGGUUUUCUCUUUGUUUCUUGUUUUUCCCUUGGUGCUAUAUGAAAUCGGUUCAGAAAAAUAGCUCCGUAGGUUUCCCCAGGCGGUGUGGAUGCAUAAAUUAGGACUCACACCAGGCGGUGUGGAUGCAUAAAUUGUCCCUCAGUAUCCAUAGCCCAUGAAUUGUGAUAUUGACGAAAUGGUGAUACUUUAUGGUUUCAUGUCACUGAAACAAUCCCCAGGGGAUCAGGCCUUUCCCUUGUCUCCAGAAGUACACUCUGUUUUCUUCCCUAGUUAUCUCUUCAAAUAAGAGCAGCAAAGUCAGCUUGUUUUAGAAAGUUUUCCCUUGUAUUUUAGAAAUACAAUUCUAGGUGACUCAUGUGUAUGGAGAGGCCUCUUCCGUCCCGUGUUCAUAGACCUGCUCAGCACCCCCCCUCCACACACACACACACACACACACACACACACACACACACACACACGCAGUGCCCGCUUCCUGCUCACCCCGGUCACCCCGGCCCAUCAGCGGAGUGGCUUGUUCUGUUUCCAGUCUUGCCCGUGCCCUUGUGCGUGUGUGGCGUCUACGAUGUGACUCUAAAAAUUGCCAAAAUGUCAAGACUAGAGUAACUCCCAGCUGGUCAACGGGAUCGUGACUGUCUUCUUCUCUGGUUUUGUUUUGUUUUUGAAAUUGCUUUCUGUUAAAUAUGUCCGUAAGCCCUCCCCCAAUAUAUUUGUAUAUACUGCCAUUUAAAAACUAAAAGGAUUACUUGAAUUCGUUGUUUUAACGUUUUACUCUUUUAUCUGUUUGUUUUAUUGGUGAUUCUGCUGCCUAAUGACCUUUUUGUUUGUGUAACCGCUGGGGAAGCCGGAAGGACUGUUUCACGGGUCCCUAGGGCCCUGCCGGCUGCUCCACACUUGAGUUUAUUAUAGACACUUGGGUUCUGAGUAAGUUUUGUUUGAAUACGGCCAACGUGAUUGUUUCUCUCUAUUCUUACCCUAAAGAAAAGAAUCUGUCUGGCACCUUUUAGUUGUACCCUCAUA